AUGAGAGUUGAGAUUUAUUGUGCACCUACUGCUGAUGGUUCGAAAGAAUGGCAAUCUUCUAUGCUUCACAUUGCGCUCGAGGGUGGUUGUUUCGUGUUGUCGGCCUGCCAGUUCUGUCGGCGUAAAGAUUUUCCUGAACAUCCUGAUUACUUGUUUACCGACUGGUACGAUGACCAAGAACCUGAUUCUAUUGUGUCUCAAGGCGGUAGUGUCAUCAUUUCACCAUGGGAAAAGGUUCUUGCUGGACCAAACUUUGAAUCAGAGGGUCUCAUCACAGCUGAUCUUGAUCUUGGUGAUGUCGCAAGAGCCAAGUUAUACUUCGACGUGGUGGGACAUUACUCGAAGCCUGAGGUUUUUAACUUGACAGUAAAUGAGCACCGAAAAAAACCAGUUACAUUCGUGUCAAAAUCGGUGAGAGUGGAGGAUGACUCAGAGCCUCAAGACAAAUAA